UUGGCACAAUUUGUGGACACAUUCGGCGGACGACUUGUGGGCUCUCAAGCGUUGGAUAACGCGACCGAUUUUCUCGUCGAAACACUUGAGACCGAAAAACUUGACGACAUUUACACCGAAAAUGUUUUAGUGCCAAAAUGGGAACGGGGUUUAGAGUGGGCCCGACUGCUCGAACCCCGCUCUCAAACACUAUCUAUUUUGGGAUUUGCCGGAAGUGUCGCCACACCUAAGGAUGGCAUCACUGCCGAAGUUAUUGUCGUUAAUACGUUGGAAGCGUUGAAUGAAAUCUCCACUCAUUUGAUUAAAGAUAAAAUUGUUUUAUUUAACGCCAAUCGAGUGAACGGAUCGUAUAUUAAAUUCAAAUUAGAUGCCACUCGACUGGCGGCCAAUUCUGGCGGUCGAGCCGUUAUGUUCCGGUCAGUGGCCCGAGAGGUGGUGUAUUCGCCACACGCGGGCAUUAUUAGGUACUAUUCAAAGGAUACACAAAUACCAGCCGUCAGUAUUGCCGCAGAAGACGCGGAUAUGUUGUCACGAAUGACCAAAAGAGGUGUGAAAGUAAAGGUUGGCCUCUAUUUGGAGUCCACUUUCUAUGGAUUGACACAAUCGAGGAAUUUAAUGGCAGAACUCACGGGAACUCGAUAUCCCAAUGAGGAGGUGAUAGUGAGCGCCCAUUUGGACAGUUGGGAUGUGGGACAGGGAGCCAUUGACGACGGCGCCGGUGUUGUCAUAUCGUGGCGAGCGUUGGCUCUCCUCAAAAAACUCGGCGUAAAACCCAAACGGACUUUAAAACUAAUCCUAUUCACCGGCGAAGAGAUGGGAAGGUUUGGGUCCAAGGCUUAUAUCGAUAGUCUGGACUUAACCCAAAGCGAUGCCAACGAGUUUAUGGACGCGGGGGUCCCCGCCUCGGGUCUACUCAACGACAACAGCAAAUACUGGCACUACUCGCACACCAGCGCCGACACAAUCAGUGCAAUCAAUCCCUAUUAUAUGGAUCUGUGUCUCACUCUAUGGACAUCCGUGGCCUAUGUUUUGGCCGAUUUGAACGCAAAAUUGCCGAAACCU